GUGGUGUGGAGGGGCGGAAAGCUUCAAUCUUCAGGAGAAGCACCACGAUGCCGAUCUGUCAGCUAGGCUGGCGCGUCGCUUAUGCCGAUGACCCCCCUGUCGAUCUCAGUGCGGUACAUAAGCCCAUGCCGCGGUUGACAUGAGCAGUCCAUUAUCCUUUACCCCUUCCCACUUUCGACACUCUCUUCCUGCUCCCCACCACGACAGCAGCUAUGUCUGAUAACUCUCGCGCUCCCAAGGAAGGCGAAUGGCGCCCUCCCAUCAUCCGCGGCUUCUACGAACGCUCGCUCGCCGGCAUCCUCCUCACCCUCGUCGGCCGUGCCGCGGACAUCCCAAUCCAAUAUCUGCUCUUCAAGAACGGUCACGCCGUCAACCUCCUCGUCCGCGUUGGCCUCAUCUCGCAGCCCGCCGUUGCGCAAGCAGCCCUCACCACCGGCCCCGGCUUCGGUGGCCUUGGGCCCGUCCCGACGCUCCUGCUGGGCAUCUACACGGUCACUUCGAUGCGUCAUAUGUACUGGGUGACGAUGACGAACACGAUGUACUUUGGCCCGGCGGGCGCCGCGUUUGUAUCGAUAUACAACGGGCUGCUGAACGCGGCGAACACCUUUGUGGCGGCGUACGGGGCAUCGAACCUCGUGCAGGCGGCGGCGAACGCGACGAGCGCGGACUCGAUCGUUGGGUGGGCGACUUCGCUUGGGUGGCAGCAGUGGACUGGCCUCGGUCUCUUCCUCUCCGGAAUCGCCAUUGAAAUGCUCUCUGAAGAGUCGCGCAAGAAAUUCAAGAGCGACCCGCGGAACAAGGGCAAGGUCGAUGGCACGGGCCUCUUUGGCGUCGUCCGCCACCCCAACUAUCUCGGCUACACGCUCUGGCGUACCGGCGCCACGCUCGCGACUGGAUCGGUCCCUGCGGCGAUUGUAUCGCUGCUGUUCCAGGUCAACCAGUUCUCGAGGUCGAUUCCGGGUCUGACGGAGUAUAUGGCGGAUCGGUACGGCCAGCAGUGGACGGAGUACGAGAAGCGCGUGCCUUACAAGAUUAUCCCUGGCUUGUACUAG